AUUCUCCAAUCACAUGAUCCCUAGAAAUAGGGUGUGGGGCGAGAGGAAGCGGGGAGGAGAGUGAUUUGAGUAGAAAAGAAACACAGCAUUCCAGGCUGGCCCCACCUCUACAUUGAUAAGUAGCCAAUGGGAGUGCGGCAGCCCUGAUCCCUGGCCAAUGGAAACUGAGGUAGGCGGGUCAUCGCUCUGGGGUCUGUAGUCUGAGCGCUGCCAGGCUGCUGCUGCCCAGGGACCGCGGACCCGGACGCAGGCAGACCAUGUGGACCCUGGUGAGCUGGGUGGCCUUAACAGCAGGGCUGGUGGCUGGAACGUGGUGCCCAGAUGGUCAGUUCUGCCCUGUGGCCUGCUGCAUGGACCCCGGAGGAGCCAGCUACAGCUGCUGCAGUCCCCUUCUGGACAAAUGGCCCACAACACUGAGCAGGCAUCUGGGUGACCCCUGCCAGGUUGAUGCCCACUGCUCUGCCGGCCACUCCUGCAUCUUUACCGUCUCAGGGACUUCCAGUUGCUGUCCCUUCCCAGAGGCCGUGGCAUGCGGGGAUGGCCAUCACUGCUGCCCACGGGGCUUCCACUGCAGUGCAGACGGGCGAUCCUGCUUCCAAAGAUCAGGUAACAACUCCGUGGGUGCCGUCCAGUGCCCUGAUAGUCAGUUCGAAUGCCCGGACUUCUCCACGUGCUGCGUUAUGGUCGAUGGCUCCUGGGGGUGCUGCCCCAUGCCCCAGGCUUCCUGCUGUGAAGACAGGGUGCACUGCUGUCCGCACGGUGCCUUCUGCGACCUGGUUCACACCCGCUGCAUCACACCCACGGGCACCCACCCCCUGGCAAAGAAGCUCCCUGCCCAGAGGACUAACAGGGCAGUGGCCUUGUCCAGCUCGGUCAUGUGUCCGGAUGCACGGUCCCAGUGCCCUGAUGAUUCUACCUGCUGUGAGCUGCCCAGUGGGAAGUAUGGCUGCUGCCCAAUGCCCAAUGCCACCUGCUGCUCCGAUCACCUGCACUGCUGCCCCCAAGACACUGUGUGUGACCUGAUCCAGAGUAAGUGCCUUUCCAAGGAGAACGCUACCACGGACCUCCUCACUAAGCUGCCUGCGCACACAGUGGGGGAUGUGAAAUGUGACAUGGAGGUGAGCUGCCCAGAUGGCUAUACCUGCUGCCGUCUACAGUCGGGGGCCUGGGGCUGCUGCCCUUUUACCCAGGCUGUGUGCUGUGAGGACCACAUACACUGCUGUCCCGCGGGGUUUACGUGUGACACGCAGAAGGGUACCUGUGAACAGGGGACCCACCAGGUGCCCUGGAUGGAGAAGGCCCCAGCUCACCUCAGCCUGCCAGACCCACAAGUCUUGAAGAGAGAUGUCCCCUGUGAUAAUGUCAGCAGCUGUCCCCCCUCCAAUACCUGCUGCCAACUCACAUCUGGGGAGUGGGGCUGCUGUCCAAUCCCAGAGGCUGUCUGCUGCUCGGACCACCAGCACUGCUGCCCCCAGGGCUACAUGUGUGUAGCCGAGGGGCAGUGUCAGCGGGGAAGCGAGAUCGUGGCUGGACUGGAGAAGACGCUUGCCCGCCGGGCUUCCUUAUCCCACCCCAGAGACAUCGGCUGUGACCAGCACACCAGCUGCCCGGUGGGGCAGACCUGCUGCCCGAGCCUGGGUGGGGGCUGGGCCUGCUGCCAGUUGCCCCAUGCUGUGUGCUGCGAGGAUCGCCAGCACUGCUGCCCGGCUGGCUACACCUGCAAUGUGAAGGCCCGAUCCUGCGAGAAGGAAGUGGUCUCUGCCCAGCCUGCCACCUUCCUGGCCCGUAGCCCUCACGUGGGUGCGAAGGACGUGGAGUGUGGGGAAGGACACUUCUGCCAUGAUAACCAGACCUGCUGCCGAGACAACCGAGGGGGCUGGGCCUGCUGUCCCUACCGCCAGGGCGUCUGUUGUGCUGAUCGGCGCCACUGCUGUCCUGCUGGCUUCCGCUGCGCAGCCAGGGGUACCAAGUGUUUGCGCAGGGAGGCCCCGCGCUGGGACGCCCCUUUGAGGGACCCAGCCUUGAGACAGCUGCUGUGAGGGACAGUACUGAAGACUCUGCAGCCCUCGGGACCCCACUCGGAGGGUGCCCUCUGCUCAGGCCUCCCUAGCACCUCUCCCCAACCAAAUUCUCCCUGGCCCCCAUUCUGAGCUCCCCAUCACCAUGGGAGGUGGGGCCUCAAUCUAAGGCCUUCCCUGUCAGAAGGGGGUUGUGGCAAAAGCCACAUUACAAGCUGCCAUCCCCUCCCCGUUUCUGUGGACCCUGUGGCCAGGUGCUUUUCCCUAUCCACAGGGGUGUCUGUGUGUGUGUGCGUGUGUGCGUUUCAAUAAAGUUUGUACACUUUCUUAA